AAUAGAUUCUUACUCCUUCCUAUCACUCACACACACGUCACUCGACAACUGUACACAAACCUUCAUCAUCAUCAUCUAUGCUUCUUCGUGCAUUCCUGUUCUUCGCAUAGGCUUUCACCUACAUCAUUCAAGAUCCAACAUAAGACAAGCAAGGGGAAAUUCUCUCGUCCAUCCACUUCGUCUAUUCGCUUGUGGAGUGAAAGAGCUUUGAAAGAUCAAGAACGAUUGCGAUAUAUUUCAUGAAUGUUGAACGAUUCGAUUUGUGAACUAUUCCAUCAGCACAAACGAAAAUCAUCAAUCUCAACAUCCCAACAUCCACCUCCUUGAUCAAUAAAACAUCAGCACAAAGUCUGGUUCCGUUUUCAUUCUCGUAAGAUUGGAAGCGGGAAGUGAGAGCGGAGGGUAGUUUCGUCGUUGCGGUACAUCGAUACGAUCUUGAUUGGCCGCUCUUCAAAGCGCGUCUCCAAUCACACCGUUCGAACAACCAUCAGAUCAUGAUGUCCUCUGGUCAAAUGAAUGAGGUCAAUCGCAAUGGCGUGCAAGAUCUGUCAAACAUUCUGACAAAUUCGGCGUUGGAAAGACUUGAAAAUGAUCCAGAUGGCUCUCACAACCUUGCCGUGAAUAUUCUAGCUAGAUCUUUGGAUGAUCAACCUGCCGACGGCGGGAUUGCAAACCGUGUUCAAAGGCGAGCAAUCAUCAAGCAAGUUGCCUUACGUUUAGGACCAGCAAGAUUAGCCAAUGUUCUUCGACAGACAAUACCAUCUGCAAGAUGUCACCCUUCGAAAACCCUCGCAAGCCUUCUAUCUGACGUAGGGGAGUAUGUUCUCGCCAUCUUUGAGCGAUUUGGAAUCUCGGAGUCCAACCCUCCCGACGAAGAAGCUGUAUCUAAACUUAUCGCAGAAUUGCUCACAAUCGACGUCGAACUGGACACAACGCGAUCAGAAGGCGAACGUACCAGCAAUUCGAUCGUCAAUGCACACACUAUCAUCAAUCUGAUUGCAAGAUUGACAUCGCAGAAAAUUUCGUGGUACCGUGUCGUACGAUUGAUCGAUGUUCCUGAACAAUUGAAUUUGGCUUUCGAAGCGGAUUGGAAAGUGCUUAGCUCGAUCUUUGAGUUUGCGCCGAUGGAACGCGAACAGCCUACGAUCUCUGCCCUUUGGGGAAUUUGGGCACAUCCAGCUCGACAGGUGCAAAUUCUUGACGGAUUAACCUCUUUGAGCAAGCCGGAGAAGAAUGGUGCUGAUCAACAAUCGUUCACAUUUGCAAAACAGCCUGUACACAACAUCGCUCCCGACAUUCUUACCAGCACAUGGAAUGCACGAGAGCUCAUCGAUACGUUGAUUGGCUUGGCAGAAUUGGAUAGCGCAAAUGUUCGGGCAUCGAUCACUGCUUUGCUUGAAAAGGCAAUGACAACAAACGCGGAACUCGUUCUCAUCGCUUUAUAUCAAAAACAACAACCUUGGUCUCACAUACAUCAAGAACUUGUGAAAAAGCUCUUUGCUAUGUUCUUAGCAGGUCAUGCACAUCACCAACUCGCAUUCAAACGCUUAAGUGAGAUCGAUCUCGGUAAUUUGUUGGAAUAUUUGCGUGCAUCUUACAACGACUCGGCUAUGAACAUCAGCAGAAUUCUGGACGUAGCGCAAGAAGUGAAAAUCGUGGAUAGAUUACUGGAAUCGCAUCCAUUUUUCUUUGCAAUGGAUUUGGCAGCUUUGGCUUCUAGACGUGAUUUACUCGAUCUUGACAAGUGGUUACAAGAAGAGAUUAACAGGAACGGAUCAGAUUUCAUUCGUGCUGCCCUUGAAUUUAUUGACGUCAAGGUGAAGGAUGAUUUAAGCAAACAGGAACCUCAAGCGGAGCAUACGAGUGUUCCACUCACUGUUCAUACAGUGGCUACAUUCUUGCGUGUUCUGCGUUCAAAUGGCGAUAACAUGUCUCCGGAAGAGAUUGAUUAUUUCAAGGCUGUGAGAAAUCUGUGUUUGCAACUUCAUCCCCGGUUGAUGAACCUUGCUCCAGGCACAGAGGGACAAGAGCCAGGACUUACAGUGGUCACCUUUACACCUGACGUACACACAGAAGUGGAUGGCUACUAUCGACAAAUGUAUGCCGAACAAAUCUCGAUUGAGGAUCUCAUUAGCCUUUUGCAACGUUUCAAGGCCUCUGAGAACGAGAAGGAGCGACAGGUAUUUGCGUGCAUGGUUCACACACUUUUCGAUGAAUAUCGUUGUUUUGAGAUGUAUUACCCCCCGCGCGAAUUAGCAAUGACGGCAAUCGUUUUUGGUUCGUUAAUCCAACAUCAGCUGAUCGAUUUCAUCCCUCUUGGAAUCGCUAUUCGAUACGUUUUGGAUGCUUUACGCAAUCCUCCGGAAUCGAACAUGUUCAAGUUCGGUGUGCAAGCUCUACUGCGCUUCCAGGAUCGUUUGCCAGAAUGGCCCCAGCUCGGACAAGCUUUACUCUCUUUGCCCAAUGUUCAGCAAUCCCAUCCCGAAAUCGCACGCAUCGUUCGUGCUGCUGCGGAUGGCACAGCCGUGCCUUCCGGUAACAACGGUUUGGCAAACGGAUUGACCAGCAAACCGCCAUUCUCAGCGAUCAAUGUUGAGCCUCCGCCAAAAGGUGUCAAUUCUCAAGAGCCUGAUGAACAAACAUCAGACAAGAUCUUGUUCAUCGUUAACAACUUAUCGCCAAGCAACCUUCAUGACAAACUGAUCGAAGCACGUCGGUUGAUCAAGCCAGAAAUUCACCAAUGGCUGUCGUCUUACUUGGUAUUGCAGCGUGUUAGCAUUGAGCCAAACAAUCAUUCGCUCUACACGGAUUUCAUUGAUGGCUUGGAGGCCAAGACUUUGCUGCAAUACAUCUUACACGAAACAUUGGCAAAAGUCAAAAUGUUGUUGAACUCCGAUAAGACCGUUCAAUCGACCACAGAGCGAACGAUUUUGAAGAAUCUUGGAUCUUGGUUGGGUAACUUGACCUUGGCCCGCAAUAAACCCAUCCGCCAUCGCAACAUUGCUUUCAAGGAAUUAUUGAUCGAGGGCUACGAUAGCAAUCGUCUCAUUGUUGCCAUUCCCUUCGUAUGCAAGGUGUUGGAGCAAUGUGCCCGAUCAACGAUCUUCAAGCCUCCAAAUCCUUGGUUGAUGGCUGUUUUGCGACUUUUGGUUGAGCUCUAUCAAUUUGCCGAAUUGAAGCUCAAUCUCAAGUUCGAGAUUGAAGUCUUGUGCAAGAGUCUCAAUAUCGAUUUGAAAGAAGUACAAUGUACCUCAAUCUUGCGCAACCGUCCUCAAGAAUUGGCUGCUCAAGAGUCUGCUGCUGCUGCCGCCGCCGCCGCUCAACAAGCACAGCAGGAAGGUAUGCAACAAAGACAAUUGCAAGGCAUCCAACCUUCACCUCAGCAACAACAACAGCAAUUGCUGCAACAAAUGCGUCUUGGUGGCGGUCAAACGCAAGGACAAAAUGUUUCCAACAUCACUCAAGGGCUCGACAGAAUGUCGGUCAACAGAUAUCCGGACACUUUGGCCUCUAUGUUGCAAAGCUUGCCAGCUUAUGUUGUGUUUAACCCCAGUGUUGCCUUGUUUGUCAAUAACGGGGCAUUGAAGAGGAUGAUUUGCAUUGCAAUCGAAAGAGCAAUUCGUGAAAUUAUUGAUCCGGUGGUGGAAAGAUCAGUCACAAUUGCCGCUAUUUCAACAAGAGAGCUGAUCACCAAAGAUUUCGCAAUGGAAAGCGAUGAAAACAAGAUGCGCAAAGCUGCACAUCAAAUGGCACAAAAUUUAGCCGGAAGUCUCGCACUUGUGACAUGCAAAGAGCCAUUGCGAAUGAGUAUGGUGACGCAUGCUCGUACCUUGUUACUACAAAAUGGGUUCAAUGAACAAACAUUACCCGAACAAGCGAUCAUUAUGAUCAUGCAAGAUAAUUCGGAAUUGGCAUGCUCGGUUGUGGAAAGAGCAGCAAUGGAGAAAUCUUUGCAAGACGUUGAUGAACAAUUGGCAAAUGCUUAUUUGGCCAGAAGAGAUCAUCAAUUGCGCGGUAGAGGGUAUUAUUGGGAUGCAAAUGCACUCACUCAGAGUCAAUAUGCUUCCACUUUACCUGACUUACUCAAGCUUCAACCUGAUGGCCUUCAAAUGCAACAAUUACGUGUAUAUGAAGAAUUUGGUAAACUGCCUCGAGCAACCGGAGACGUUGGCGAAAGAGGUUCAAAUUCACCCUCAAUGGCACACAUGCCCGAAGCGGUGGUUCCUUAUCCUUCUGGCAUGAAUUCUGAGGCUGAACAACAACGUGCUCAAUUGCAACAGCAACAACAACAGGCUCAACAACAAUCUGAGGAAGCACAACUCAAUCCACAACAAAGCAUUGAGCGCUUCAACCAAAGCAUUACUGAGCUUGAACGUAUCUUGCAGCAAGGUGAUAACGAGCAAGAGACACAAAACGGUCAAAACAUCCGAUUGUUGACCCGUCAAAUCACAGUCUUGUCCGGACAAUCUAUCAAACGGGAUGAAACAACAUUAGCUUUUGCUCAAAAGGUGGUCCAAUUGUUGUACAAGAGCGAAUCAGACUUUGCCCGUGAAGUCUAUAUUCACUUGUUGGAGCGUCUGUGUGAAGUGUCUGUCAAGGCAGCCAAAGAAGUGACUGCUUGGUUAAUCUACGCUGAAGAUGAACGCAAGUUCAAUGUCGCUGUGACUGUUGGUCUCAUUCGCGCUGGUUUGGUCAACAUUUCUGAAUUGGACGUGCAAUUGACCAAGUUCAUUCAAACUCUUGAUUUCAAGCCAUCUUCUGUCGAUUUUGCUGCAAAUUUGGCUUUCACCUGUUUGAAAGAACCAUCUUGUGCAACUCGUCAACAACUGGGUAAUUUGAUCGAAGUGCUCAGACAAGCUCAGCAACAUGGUAAAUCUACUCAAGCAUCCGAAGACUUUUUGGCAGAAUUGCAAGAUGGUCAUUUACAGGUCAAAACGGAUGUAGAAAGUUCUCAACCUUUGCGUGAACAGUUGGCCUUCUGCUUUGCUGAAUGGAUUCGACUUUUCCAACAUUCACCAAAUGCAGAAAAAUCCUUUAUUGACUUUAUCACGCAAUUGCAAGGACAAGGUAUCUUGAAGGGUGAAGAGAUUUCAAGUUUGUUCUUCCGUGUUUGCACAGAAGUCAGCGUUGAUUCUUACAUUAAGCAAAAAGCAGUUGGUGGUAACCUUUCCACAGGUAUCUUCCAACCAAUUGAUGCUUUCAGCAAGUUGAUCGUCUUGAUGAUCAAAUAUCACGCCGAUCCUUCGGGCAACAAUAAUGAAUCAGCAAAGAUUCACUAUUUAACAAAAGUCUUGAGUAUUGUCGUUUUGGUAUUGGCACAAUCCCAUGAAGAAUUGGGUCCUCAUUUCCAACAAAAGCCAUUCUUCCGAUUCUUUAGCAGUCUCUUGCACGAUUUACACUUAGUGGAACAAAACCUUCAAGGAACUUAUAUUCAAGCUUUAUUGGCCAUCAGCAAUACGCUCAACACAUUGCAGCCAGACUUCUUCCCUGGCUUGACUUUCUCAUGGAUGAGUUUGAUCUCGCACAGAUUGUUCAUGCCGAAGUUGUUGUCUUCGCGUACCGAAGGAUGGAGCGCUUACUACCGAUUGUACUCCUCUCUCUUGCGAUUCCUUGCUCCAUUCUUGCGUUCGAUGCAAUUGCAAGAUACAAGCAGAGUAUUGUACAGAGGCACACUUCGCAUCACUUUGGUCUUGUUGCAUGAUUAUCCUGAAUUCUUGUCUACACAUGCAAACAGCUUCAGUGAUUUGAUUCCGUUGCCUUGUGUCCAGCUACGCAACCUGAUCUUGAGCUCAUUCAGUCGCCAAGACUUCCCAGACGGUUUACCCGAUGUCUUUGAUCCGGAGUUAACGAUUGGCAAGAUUGAACAAAGCAACAAUGAUCCAAUCAUUGCCGAAGAUUACCUUGCAAGUCUUUCACACGUUAGCAAUGGAGCAUUCAAAGAACAAUUGGACGAUUAUCUGUCCAAACCAACAAAUGAUAAUGCGGCUGUUUUGAGCAUCUUGCCUGAAAUUUUGGUCAAAGAGAAUGAAGGCUACAGCGUUUCUCUUCUCAAUUCGAUCGUUGUACAUGUCGGUAUGGUAAGCUUGCUAAAGGAUGAAAAUAUUGUUGCAAAUCCCAAUACUACAUCUGAUGUCGGCCUCACUGUAUUGCAAGCUCUUUUCGGAUUGGAGCCAGAAGGUCGUUAUUUGACGGCGAAUGCGAUUUGCAAUCAAUUGCGUUAUCCAAACACACAUACGACGUACUUUUCUGCUGCUUUGUUGCAUUUGUACAGAAAUGAACUUUCUGCUCGUGAAGCAAUUUUACGGGUUUUAUUGGAAAGAAUCAUUGUCAAUCGACCACAUCCUUGGGGUUUGUUAACGACGAUGUUUGAAUUGGUCAAAGAUCGAAUUCGACCUGGAAGUCAAAAUGCAACAGUGAAUGGCGUCGUAAGUCCAAGCAAUGCGGUUCAAAAUGGCUCAAUGGAUGGCUACUCAGGACAAUUACACAGCAUUCCAGCCUGA